GGCGUCACCAGCAGCAUGUACGACGGCACUGCGGUGAUGAUGGCAGUCGGCAUCACAGCUGCGAUCUGCUUAACGUUGACGCUAUUCGCAAUGCAGACGAAGUACGACUUCACCGCUAUGGGGGGGAUACUGCUUUGUGCUACUGUCGUUUUACUGCUCUUCGGUCUGAUAGCAAUGUUUUUGCCCGGGAAUCGUAUAGUGACGCUAGUUUACGCGUCUCUCGGUGCGUUGCUGUUCUCCGUGUACUUGGUGUACGACACUCAGCUGAUGAUGGGAGGCACCCACAAGUACAGCAUCU